AUGGAUCACCUCAAUUCCUCCUGCAUCCCUGGCAGCUGGCUUCCUGUCCCGACCAACCUAUCAGAUUUCAGCAGCGUCUUCACUCAUCAGGCUCUCCCGGCACUCUAUUUACUCAUCUGUGUGGUGGGCAUGUUCCUCAAUGGCCUGGCCGCCUGGAUCUUCUUCCGGGUGCCCAGUGACUCGGGCCUGGUGGUGUACCUGAAGAACAUGGUGGUGGCCGACCUCCUCAUGCUUGCCACCUUCCCCCUGCGGGCUGCGAGUGAGAUGGGUGUGGGCGGUUGGCGCCUCCGCGUGGCUGUCUGCCGCUACACCGCCGUGCUCUUCUACUCCUCCAUGUAUGUGGGGAUCGUCUUCAUGGGGCUGAUCAGCCUGGAGCGCUACGUCAAGAUUGUGCGACACUGCUCAUCCUCCUCAUUUAGCUCCUCCUCCUUGCGCUUCCUCCAGAGUGUGGGCGCGGCGCGGGUUUUCUCGCUGCUGAUGUGGAGCCUCAUGCUGCUCUGCGUCCUCCCCAACGCGGUGCUGACCAGCCGGCUGGCCGACGAGCGAAGCUCCCGCCACUGCAUGCAGCUCAAGACGCCACUAGGCAUCCACUGGCACCGCAUCUCCACCCUCUUCAGCGUGGCGCUGUUCUGGGCCACGCUGCUGGUCCUCGCCUUCUGCUACGCCUCCAUUGCCCGCCGCAUCUACCAGUCCUGCAGCCGUGUCCGCCAAGACGGCAGCGACGUCUGCCGCAAGUCCAACCGCAGCAUCUUCAGCAUCCUCGCGGUGUUCUUCGUCUGCUUCGUGCCGUACCACACCUGUCGCGUGCCCUACACGCUCAGCCAGAUGCCCGGGGCCGGAUACAGUGACGCCAGCCGCUUCCUGCUCUUCCAGCUGAAGGAGGCGACGCUGUUCCUGUCGGCGCUCAACGUGUGUCUGGACCCUGUCAUCUACUUCCUGAUGUGCCGGACGUUCCGCGAGUCCCUGCUGACGAAGCUCUCCCAGAGGAGGAGGCCCUCCCUCGCCACCGCCCAGAGCCUGAGCAACAUGUAG